UCCCCGGGUGCUCGCUCCCCUUUCCCAUCUUCGCCCCCUCCUGGGAGACACCUAGAGGUCCCGGUCCAGUCGCUGUCUACAACUGCGAGGGUAGCCCGGAGCGGUUCGGAGUCGCCGGACUUGAGAGGCUGCUGCACCGGACCUCAGACACCCCUCCGGAUGCUGGUGCUGCCAUGCCCCUGCCCCCAGGCCCUGGUGUGUUCCUUGAUUGACGCCAUGGAGGCCCCUCCCCCUCGGACAGGCCUGUCACCAGAACCUGGACCUUCCGCCUCCUCAGGAUCUCCCCAGACUUCUUCCCCUCCAAGGCCCAACCACUACCUGCUUAUUGACACCCAGGGUGUCCCCUACACAGUACUAGUGGAUGAGAAGUCACAGAGAGAACCUGGGGCUGAUGGGACUUCAGCCCAGAAAAAGUGCUACAGCUGUCCCGUAUGCUCACGGGUCUUCGAGUACAUGUCUUACCUUCAGCGACACAGCAUUACACACUCAGAGGUAAAGCCCUUCGAGUGUGACACCUGUGGGAAGGCAUUCAAGCGGGCCAGCCACCUGGCACGGCACCACUCCAUUCAUCGGGCUGGUGGUGGGCGGCCCCAUGGCUGCCCACUCUGCCCUCGCCGCUUCAGGGAUGUGGGUGAGCUGGCCCAACAUAGCCGGGUGCACUCAGGGGAGCGCCCCUUUCAGUGCCCACACUGCCCGCGCCGCUUUAUGGAGCAGAAUACACUGCAGAAGCAUACUCGAUGGAAGCAUCCAUGAGCUGGAUUGCUGGGUAUCCUAGGUACAUAGGACUCUGUUGGGAGCGUGGACUCUUGUUGCCCUCAGAAACCUGGCCAGAGCCUGAGGCUAGCUUUCAGGCCCUGGACACAAACAUAGACCAGCCUCAUCUCAGAGACUGAGGUCUGCCUGAAGGAGGAGCCCAGGAGUAAUCUUUAGGUUUUGGAGUUAUGAUGUGAAUGAGCCCUAACACAGCAUGGAGUCCUCUAGCCUCAAAAACAUGAGAUAUUCCAUGGUGGAGCCUUAGCUGGAGGGAUGGGGGAGUGUGCUGUGUGUGGAAAUUCUCCAGCUUCAAAAAAGCGGCUGGGGGAAUGUGCACCAUCUUCCUGAGGCCUCCUUGCUUAUGUCGGGGAAAGGGCCCCAGAUCUGCCUCCCUCUCCCCAACCAAGGCCUGAGACUGGACAAACAAUAAACAGGUUUCCCAUGUUGGGCACUCGAAGUUUGUUUUUGGAGACAGUGUUUUGGAUCAACUCUGCCCGAUGUCUAGCACGGAGACCUUAGUAAGUGCCUGGCCCACUUGGGCUUCACCUUGCCUGGCUGGGGAGUGGGAAAGUUGGCCUGCAUUGGGGUUAGGCCUCCCUUGGCUCCUGACAACCUGUGCCAUCUGGGAAGAGUGUUUUUAAAGCUUUUCGAAAAAAAUGCAUUUUAUGGGGCAAUAUGGUAUACAUACACAGAAGAUAAAUCUGAAACAAAAGUUUUUCAUUGACUAUUUAACUGCCAAUUCUGUCCUACCAUAUUGAACUCUCUGCCCAUGAACCUGUAGUUUGAAAAAGAGUAGUCUGCCCAAUCUAGGGCAGGUGACUCCCCCUGGACUUUUUGGUCCAGGCUACAAUUUAUCUGUCAAGUGAAGCGGGGAGUGGAGGAGUGGAGUGUGGUCACAGCUUUCUAGGUGGCACAGACAUUUAGAUUCUCUCUACAGGGUUAAAACUGUGCUUAUAAGGGCUGGCAGAAUUCCACAGCAUGUAUGCUACUGGUGAACAGAAGGAGAGGCAGG